UUAGAUUGGCUGGCGUAGAAACUCCUUAUCCACCCGACCGGCUCCAAGUGCCAUUUUCUUAAUUGACCCUUCACCAGAAGCAGUUUGCGAUAGAGUACCACUAUUGCACUGGAUUUUAGAGGCAGCAGUUUGGGAAGACAACGUCCUGUACGUCCAUCCGGCCUCUAGCUAGCUGACCUUGCAUAUAUAUUUAUAUAUGUUCUUCGGUUAUGUGAGCACCAUUGGCUUGGCUCCUCAUCCGUCCUGGUGAGGAAAGGGAUGGAUAAUGCGCUUGUGGACAAACUCAAGAAAAAUGUGCGAACGGGUAACUGGGACGCUACAAGAGACAUUCUUAAUAGCCACCCCGAUGUGUUGACAGCGAGAAUCACGCUGACAGGCGGGACGAUUCUUCACGUUGCUGUUGCUGCUCAAAAGGAAAAUAUAGUGCAGAAAUUGGUGGAUAUGAUGUCGGAACAUGACUUGGCAAUACAAGAUGAUAAAGGUUAUACUGCUCUACAUGAGACAACAUUUCGAGAUAAUUCCCGAAUGGCAGAGUACCUGAUUUCAAAGAACAAUAGCUUGAUUGGAAUCAGAACCUUUUCCAAAGAUCUUCCAGUUGUUAUGGCUAUGCGCUGUGGGCAUAAGCAGUUGGCUAGCUAUCUCUAUUUUCUCACUCCGUUGGAUGAGCUAGAGGUAGAACAAGGCCACCAGGGUUCAGUGCUUCUUACCUACGCUAUCUAUGCCAGACAUGUUGAUAUCGCCAAGGAUUUAAUGGGCCAUUAUCCUAGUUUGGCUUUUGCCGUGCACCAAGAAAAUCUCUCCCCUUUGAACGCAUUGGCGACAUUCCAGAGGACUGAAAAUCAGCUAACAAUUAGGGAAAUAACGAUCAACAGCCUCGUACUGCAAUAUAUUCCAAUAUUGGCAUUGUGGCAACGAUCAGCUUUGCGCUCUCUCUCAAGAAUUGUGCGAGCUGAUUAUCAUCAACCAGGCCGUCCAGGAUACCGUUCAUUAAUUAUCUCCAUAUUAUUCACGCGUCUCAUACGUCCCUUGGCCGAGGCUUUAGAGCGUUUACUUAGAAGAGAGUUGGAAAAUAACCUCUUCCAAGAACUUCUAUCUCAUAUAUGCACAAAGAUACCGACUUUUACUCAAAGCCAGGUUGACAGUACUAUUGCGCCAGCAAUCUUUUGUGCUAUCAGCAGAGGAAACUAUGAGUUUGUUUCUUGCAUGUUGGAAGCAAAUCCAGAAUUUCUGUGGAUCCGUAACAGUGAAGGAAUGAACAUAUUCCAUUGUGCUGUCCUCCAUCGUCAGGCUAAAAUAUGUAGCCUUAUAUACGAGUUAGAAGGGGUGGAAGCUCUAAUUGCUGAAAGAGAUCAAUCCGGCAAUACUAUAUUGCAUCUGGCAGGAAUGUUAACAGAAAACACUCCUAUUGAUCAGAUAGCAGGGGCAGCUUUACAAAUGCGAAGAGAAGUAAAAUGGUUUAAGGAGGUUGAAAGUAUUUGUCAACCUAUCAGUAAGGAACUUUUAAACAGUGAAGGUUUGAGUCCUAAACAAGUAUUUAGAAUGACCCAUCAAAAUCUAAGGGAAAGGGGAGAGCAAUGGAUGAAAGAAACAACAACUUCUGGCUUAGUGGCAGCCACUCUAAUUGUUACUAUUAUGUUUACAGCAGCAUUUACUAUUCCAGGUGGCAAUGAUGAUAAAGGUUUGCCAAUUCUCGUAAAUGACACACAAUUUAAGAUCUUUAUGGUAACUGUUUCCUUGUCACUCUUUUCUUCCUCAACUUCAGUAUUGAUGUUUUUGGGAAUAUUCACAUCACGUUAUGCAGAAGAAGACUUUCGUAUAUCAUUGCCCCAAAAAAUGAUGAUAGGAUUUUUCACUCUUUUCUUUUCCAUCGGAACUAUGCUGGUGGGCUUUUGCCUUGCCCUUACACUUCUGUUACAGGGACAACUAUCAAUUCUCAUUCCUAUCUUUCUUUUGGCUGUUUUUCCCCUUCAGAUAUUUUGGUUGACAUUCAUUCCACUUCUGGAUAACAUUGUGAGUUCAAGCAUUCAACUAAGCAUUUUCGAUAAGAAAAUGAAGUUUUUGAUUUGACCUUUUUCCUUGUUCAUUAUAUUAAUGUUCCAUUAAUAUUUUGGAUACUAACUAGAGCUUAUGAUUUCUUUUGUAAUGGGACUGAUGACUAGUGAAUUUUCAGCCAACUU